AAAUUGAGCUUAUUUACCACUGUCAAAAAGAUAUAAAAGGAGGAUGUAUUCACCUUUGAUUCUCAAUCAAGAUUUUCAUUGCUUAGUUACUCAAUAUGGCACUCUCACAGCGAUUCUUCUCUGACGUUUUCCGUGAUAUGCAAAGAGCCUUUUCUCUUUUGGAGCAUCCCAACUUCUUUGAUGCUGCUCGUCGUUCAUUGGUAGCAAGUAAUCUAAACAACAACAACAAUAAUUGGAACUCACUACUUCGAUACCCGGCUACCGACAUGGUUGAAACACCUGAAUCAUUUGAACUGCAAGCCGAGUUACCUGGCUAUGACAAGAAAGAUAUUCAAAUUGAAUUGGCCGAUAGUCGUACACUUGGCUCCAGUGAGACAGCUGUAUCUAAAGAAACAAAUACACCUCAAUGGUGGGUUAAUGAAAGAGUCACUGGUAGUUUCCAAAGGUCGUUCUCGUUCCCUGUACCUAUCAAAGCUGACGGUAUCAAGGCCAAUUAUGAAAAUGGUGUUCUUAAGGUGACAGUUCCAAAGUCAAGUGAGGAGUCUAAAAAGCUGAUUGAGAUUGAUUAAAUCGCAAUUGUACAUACAAAACCUUUUUUUUUUUUUGCAUGAAAACUUAAAUAAAACUGCUUUUUUAAAUGAUUAAU